AUGGAAUUAAAGUUGGACAUGGCCAAGGCAUACGAUAGGUUGGAGUGGCCCUUCAUCAGAGAAGUUCUUUCCUCGAUGGGUUUUCCCCCUCAGUUUAUGAAUCUUGUCAUGCGGUGUGUUACGACUGUUUCUUACAGGAUAUUAGUGAAUGGGCAACCUAGUUCUUCCUUCCAACCAGAGAGAGGGAUCCGCCAAGGGGACCCUCUUUCUCCGUACCUGUGCAUCCUCUGUGCUAAUAUUCUUUCAGGGUUACUAAAGGUGGAGGUCCCAAACAAAGGAAUCCAUGGGGUCCAGGUGGCCAGGUCUGCACCAGUUAUUUUGCAUUUAUCUUUUGAUGAUGAUAGCUUGCUGUUUGCCAGGGCCAAUGCCAAAGAGGCUGACUGUCUUUUGGGCGUUCUCAGGAAGUACCAAGCUGUUUCCGGACAAUAG